GACUGCGGACACAGUGCAGGAGAUGACCAGAGACUGCGGACACAGUACAGGAGAUGACCAGAGACUGCGGACACAGUACUGGGGAUGACCAGAGACUGCAGACACAGUACAGGAGAUGGUCAGAGACUGCGGACACAGUGCAGGGGAUGACCAGAGACUGCGGAAACAGUGCAGGGGAUGACCAGAGACUGCGGACACAGUGUAGGGAAUGACCAGAGACUGCGGACACGGUGCAGGGAAUGACCAGAGACUGCGGACAGUGCAGGGAAUGACCAGAGACUGCGGACAGUGCAGGGAAUGACCAGAGACUGCGGACAACAGUGCAGGGAAUGACCAGAGACUGC